CUCUCACAGAUAGCAUUCAGUGUAUUUGUAGCUACGUUAGCUCCCACAUUAAGUUAGAUGACCAGCCUUUCUUACAAGCUGCUGGACGCACAGACGCAGAGGAGAACUGGCACUUUUACACAGCGACACCGCCAAGUAGAGCAGCGGGAGUAACAAGCAAAUCCUCGGGAGGAAGAUAUCGGUGGAGAUGUGUAAUAAGUUACAUUGGACAAUAAGGACCUACCUGGCUGCCGGUCGUAAAACUGACAGCUGUCAUCGCUCCUAGCUGCUGAGCUAACUGAGCUAACUGAGCUAACAAGUGUGUUUUUUUUCGCAGCCUGACUCAUUUUGUCAGCCAGUGCUGUGCUCAGGGGGGAGCGGCGACUUACACAUAAACUACGCAUUUAUUAUAUCCUGACUCAUUUUUAUGUUAAUGCCUUGAGUUAGCCAAGGAGCGUCAGAUAUUUAUGUUUGGGCAUUUGGAGGUAGGAGCUAGUUAGCUUCAUUAUCAUUGAGCUAGCUCGCUGCAUUCAUUCAAUUAUCUAAAAACAGCUUCAGCGUUAACACCAGCUCAGCGAACUGCUUACAACCCGACGUGUUUGUGACAACACUGAUAAGAGUUUGGACUCGACUCGUACUUUUUCGAUAUCGUCGGGAAAGAAAUGAAGAAAUUUUUUGACACUCGUCGGGAGUUGGUGAGCUCCGGGCCUGGACCAGGUGCCGGAGGAGGAGGGGGCGCUGGAUCCGGCGGCGGCGGCAGCUUCAUCGGACGGGUCUUCACCAUUGGACGGUAUCAAGUGACCGUGGAGGAGAUAGUCGCAGAAGGAGGUUUUGCCAUCGUUUUUUUGGUGCGGACUCAUCAAAGUGUACGUUGUGCCCUUAAAAGGAUGUAUGUCAACAAUGAACACGACCUGCAAGUCUGCAAACUUGAGAUCCAGAUUAUGAGGGACCUUGUGGGCAACAAAAACAUAGUUGGUUUCCUGGACUCCAGCAUAACUGCAGUUGGGGCUGGCGAUGUGUGGGAAGUGUUAAUCUUAAUGGACUUCUGUCGAGGUGGACAGGUUGUUAACCUGAUGAACCAGCGGUUACAGACAGGCUUCACUGAGGCUGAAGUGUUACAGAUCUUUUGUGACACGUGUGAAGCUGUCGCUCGUCUCCACCAGUGCAAGACUCCAAUCAUCCACAGAGAUCUCAAGGUGGAAAAUAUUCUUCUGCAUGAUCGGGGACAUUACGUGCUCUGUGAUUUUGGAAGUGCCACUAACCACUUCCAAAACCCCCAGACAGAGGGGGUGCCAUUGGUGGAGGAGGAAAUCAAAAAGUACACUACUCUGUCAUACCGUGCUCCGGAGAUGGUCAACCUCUACGGUGAAAAGGUCAUCACAACAAAAGCCGACAUUUGGGCCAUGGGUUGUCUACUGUAUAAGCUGUGCUACUUCACGCUUCCUUUUGGAGAGAGCCAAGUGGCGAUCUGUGAUGGAAGUUUCACAAUCCCAGACAACUCCCGCUACUCCCAGGACAUGCACUGUCUCAUCAGAUACAUGCUGGAACCUGACCCAGAUAACAGACCAGACAUCUACCAAAUAUCCUACUUUGCCUUCAAACUGGCUGGACGAGAGUGUCCAGUCCACAAUGUACAUAAUUCUCCCAUUCCUGCAAAACUCCCUGAGCCUAUCCGAGCCAGUGAAGCAGUGGCCAAAAAGAGUCAAUCCAAAGCCAGACUCACAGACCCUUUACCGACUCUAGAAACCUCAAUUGCACCUCGGCAACGACCCAAGGCUGGCCAGGCUCAGCCCCAGCCAAUAUCAGGCAUUCUCCCCAUCCAGCCAGCUCUCACCCCUCGAAAGAGACCCAACAUGGCUGCUGGAGCAACACAGGCCAUAGGUGUUGGUGUCCCACCUCCAGCUUCAGCUGCUGUCCAACCUCCUCAACAGACUCCUGCAGCACCACAGCAAGCUCAGAUAGCCAACUUGCAGCCACAGGCUUCACAGCAGCACCAGCAGCUCCUCAUGAGGCAGCAACACGCCUUCUUAAGCCCACAGGGUAACCAGCAGCAUCAACUGGUACAGAACCUCCACCAGCAGCAACAUCAAACAGUGUCUCAGGCGUCUACCAAGCUGCAGCCCAAAGCUAAGAUUGUUCCUCCAGUUGCUACCAUGCAAGAGAAACACCAGCAGCAUGUACCCCCUGUCCAUGAAACAGCAGCCUCUCAUCUGACCGCCAUCCCAGAGUCCGCAGCUGUCGACCCAGAGGUUGUGACGGCUGGCAGAGUGCUGCACAAAGUCGGCUCCCUCACACCCCCCUCUUCGCCAAAGACAGCCACUAAGAGUGGCCACAGACGCAUCCUGAGCGAUGUCACUCACAGCACAGUGUUUGGAGUCCCAGUAAGCAAGUCCACCCAGCUCCUCCAGUCAGCCGCAGCUGAGGCCAGCCUCAACAAGUCCAAAUCAGCCAGCACUACUCCUUCUGGUUCCCCCUGCUCGUCCCAGCAGAGUGUUUAUCAUCCAGGUGAUGGUGAUGCCCAGUCAGCCCUCGCUGCACCCGUCUCUGUGUCCAGCUGGAACCCUUUUGGUGAUGAUAAUUUCUCCAAGCUAACAGCAGAGGAGCUGCUAAACAAAGACUUUGCAAAGCUAGCUGAGACUGCUGCACCAGGAGAGAAAGUCACAGGCUCCAUUGAAAAUCUCAUUCAAGGGCUCACUGCUUUUCCAGCUGAAACAACUGCCUGCAUCAUGGGUGCAGGUUCAGCAUUGUUGACAGUCCAGGACCCCUUAAAUACCAUCUUCCUCCCGGACGCCACAGUGAAAGCAGUGGUGUGUGUGGAUUCACUGAUUCCUGGCUUGGAAGCCCCGCUGGCCCAGAGACAUUCAGGCCAGCCAGAGCUCAUCCCUGUCAGCAUGCUAGACUCACUCACUGGGGAGGACUCUCUGCUGGGUUGUGAUCUGUUAUCUCACUCCUCUCAUGGAAACCAGUCUGUUUCUGCUAUCGCUUCCUCCUGCUCCUCUGCUCCUCCUGGCUCCAGCUCUGGUUCCUGUCUGGAGGAGCUGCAGCCUGCUCAGACAGCUUCUGACUGUUCUCUCCUCAUGUCGUGUGGGGAGAAAGGCAAUGACGACGAGUUUGACCCUAUCCCCGUGCUCAUCUCCAAAAACUCAAAUCAAGAUGUGCAAGGGGAGAGUAACGGCUACUCUGUGCUCGGUGAGGUACAAGAGACCGAACUUCCAGAAGGAGAUUCUCAAACUAACGAGGGAUGUGUGCACUCCAGUGAUGAAGACGAGGAGAAAGAAGACCAUAAGGAGGAGGAGCAGGAUGAGGGAGCCUCUGAGAGUCAUGUAGCAGCUCAUGACUGCAGUGGCUCAAGACCUCUACUGAUGGACUCUGACGAGGAAGAAGAACAGUCAGCCCUCCACUCAUUAGCAGCACCAACACAACCAUCUACUACCUUCCAACCACCUGCUCCCAGCACAUUUGCUCAGAAUCAUUCCCAGCAUGUACACGAACCAAUAAUUGCAGCUGAAGGAAUUACAGAUGUUUUCACAAAAGCCCCCUUUCGGAUUGGGCAAGAAGACUCAAAUGAUGUGUUUGCCAACGCUCCAUUUCCUUCCAUGAAUGCUCAGCAGCAGCUCGACGUUUUCUCUCAAGCUCCCUUCGGGAAAAGAAAAGAAGUUGUAGGAGCGCAGCUCAAGACCUCAUACCCUCAUGCAGGAGGCGGUAAUGCUGUCAGCCCUGAUCAAGGUGCGUUGGGACAAGUUGCCCAACAACCAUUCCGCCCACAAGCUUUAGCCAAAUACUCCCGACACUUUGAGGGACCCCUGCCCCAGCAGCCAGUAGCAGCUCACAGAGUUGUGUCUAACGUGAGCAGGCAAGCUGCUGUGGCAUCCGUCCCUGUGGGACCUCUUCACUCAUGGACCUCAGAAGUGAGCCCUGUAGACCCUUUCGUCUCUGCACCCUUUCACCUCAAGGCCCCACAAGAAAAGCCUUGAACGCACAGUCAGAGAGGAGCGCAGUGGGAAUCAGGACCACUAAAUUAUGCAAAUAUAACAGAGACACUGCAUGCUGUCACCAGCGCUGCAGCUGGACUGCAGGCCUGCAUGAAUCUCAUUCCUAAAUAUCUCCAACUAGUUCUGAGUGCAAAGUCAUCUUCACAGUUGAAUUCUCCUGUAGUGUAAGAAAACUGACAAUUACAGACUCAUUUUCUUUUUCCAUUCCUGUCACACCUUUCACCUUUUUUUUUCAACCAUGUGGUACGUACAUCGACACAAAGACAACGUGGUGGUCAAGCUUUUGAUUGUUUUCUUGUCUACCUCAGUUACAUCGUGUAUCAAUGCUGUGAUUCCACACAGUGAUAAAUAGUCUGCAGUUGUGGCAGUUUCAUUUCCUUUGUUUGAGCUUUAUGGGUGAAACUAUGAUCUGACCAUGUUUAAUUCUUCCAUUGUAUUAGUUCUCAGAAAGGAUGGACUAAGCUUGAAUCAAAAGAUCGUUAACUCCACAGAUGCUCAGAUGAGGAAAAACCACUGUGUAGCACAUAAGCAGUCUAGUGUCUCAACACUAUUUUGAGAUGUUUGUUACAAAAUGAUUUAGAGGAAUUUAUCAGAAAUGUAAUUAGACAAGAAAUCUGUCAACAGCCUUAAAAUGAUGCUUUUCACGUUAAUGUUUUGGGCUCUUCAUGCUUGAGAGUUUGUGUUAAAACAAAUGCUGGAUAAUGAUGCGAACACAUUUCAACUAUAGCAUUUACUGUUAUGAGAGGUAAUGAUUUCAUCUCCUCCUCAAUGUUUGCAUUUUUGGUGUGUUUAUUAUGUGUGUGGUCCCUGUCCUGUUAUGUACCAACCAUUUUAGUAGUUUAUAUGUUAUGUUAAGAGUAGAAGAUUCACUUUUUGUUUUGUGUGUUACUCUACAAGAUGGUAUCUCUGAAGCCUUACACUCUCACAGGUCUUCCCUCCUAACACAUCACGUUUGCCUUUUUAUGACCUCCAAAAGAAACUGCUGCAUCUACAUAAUUGUAUGGCACUUGAGUUCCCCACUAAAAAAUGUGUUCAAUCGUGUACACCUUCCUGUUGCUGUCAGCUCUGUAAUGCAUCUCUAUAAUAUGCAUCUCUGUAAACUCCAAAUGUGUAUAAACUGUGACUCCACAUUAUGACAAUUGAACAACUUACUCUGCAACUUUAAGAAAUGCUCUCCAGCAGUCAACACAAAUGCGUAUGUACAGCACUUACGAUCAGCAGUUCCAGUCAGGGAUUGUAAGAAUGAGUCUUGUAAAAGAGAUCUUGAAUGGUAACUGGUUGACAACAUUCCUUUAUGACUUUAUUUCCAUCGCCAUUUUAUUGUCUUUGUAAAAUCAUGAAACACUUUAUUUGUUCCCAUCAUGGCACUUUUAGAACUGUUUCAUCCCAAAGUUAUAUUCAUGUAUUCCUUUGUUGCAAUGUAAAAUCACAGUCUCUUUUCUUUUUGAGCAGUACAAUCUUUUUUUAAAUGCUCACUUUUCUCACCCAUCGUGUACACAUGAAGGUUGCACAUAGUCCCUGACACAGAAUCAGGGAUCCCUAAGAAUGUUUUUUUGAUUGUAACACAGCUGUAAAACAGAUUUCCACCCUCUGAGCUGAAUAGGAAAUCUUUUGAGGAUUCGACAGCUGAUUAUACUGAUGGACAAAAAAAGCACUCGACAUACUUAUGCUGCACAGUCUGCCUUUAAAAACGAUGUUGUAAGUCUUAAAAAAAGAACUAUUAAAUGAAUGUAAAACAUU